ACAUUUUGGGUAAUGCAAUAAAAUACCGUCAACCUUCUGGAUGCAACCUUCUGGAUGCAGGCAGGAACGGAUAGAUCACAGCAGCUCCCACCCAGCUGUAAAUCUCUGGACCCCUGCGCCAUAUUUCCGAACCUUUUCCUCCGCUCCUGGCAAGAAAACAGAGAGAGACGCAAACUGAUCGGUGACUCUGAAGCUCAGGCAGCAAGGUUCUGGCAAAACUAGGAAGAGAAACCUGGUGGUUCCCCAAGCUGCUGACCUUCACUAGCUACUCUUGAAAAAUGGCACCAGCAACUCCAAAAGAAGCAGGAGUAUGGAGGCAAACCAAAGCUCUCCUGUUCAAGAACUGUCUCAUUAAGUGUAGGACGAAAAAAAGCAGCGUUCAGGAGGUCCUUUUCCCACUCUUCUUUUUGUUUUGGCUGAUUUUGAUGAGCAUGAUGCAUCCGCACAGGAAAUACGAUGAGGUCGCCAACACCAACCUUGGCACUUUGGAUACCUCCAUGCUGGUGAAUUUUGUCAUCGGGUACACACCGCCAACCCGAAUGGCACGAGAAAUCAUGAAGAAAGUGGCUUUCGAUAACUUUGAAGAUGGCCUCAUCACGGAGGAGUAUUUAAGCGAGGAGGAGCUGCAAGAGGCUAGUGCUUUUAAACCCUCAAACUUUGUGGGCGUCGUGUUCAAUGAUGCCAUGUCCUACCAGCUGAGGUUUCCCGAUUUGGUCGCUAUGGUCACUUACAUGGAAUCAAGAGCCAGUUGCUCCAACCUGCGGAAAGGGUGUGAAUCGGUGACGUACUGGAGCUCAGGAUUUACGGCUCUGCAAGCCUGUAUCGAUGCUGCAAUUAUACAGCUGAAAACUAAUCACUCCGUUUGGGAACAACUGGAGCUGACGAGAGCAGUGGUUAUGGGAGAAGCUGCAGUGGUGGAAAUAGAUAAUUUUCCUCGUGCGAUCAUUUUAAUUUACCUAGUGAUCGCUUUCUCACCGUUUGGGUAUUACUUGGCGAUUCAUAUUGUGGCGGAAAAGGAGAGGAAGUUGAAGGAAUUCUUAAAGAUAUUGGGACUGCAUGACACUGCCUUUUGGCUUUCUUGGGUGCUGCUCUACAUGAGCCUGAUUUUUGUCAUGUCCAUUCUUAUGGCAGUGAUCGCGACGGCCUCUUCCCUCUUUCCCCAGAGCAGUGCCUUUGUGAUAUUUCUCCUUUUUUUCCUGUAUGGAAUCUCUUCAGUUUUCUUUGCACUUAUGCUGACACCUUUAUUUAAAAAGUCAAAGCACGUAGGUAUAGUGGAGUUCUUGGCAACGCUGACUUUUGGUUUUGUGGGCCUUAAUAUUGUCCUGCUGGAAGAUUUCCCCAAGUCCUUUGUGUGGAUUCUCAGCCCCUUAUGUCAGUGCAGCUUCUUGAUCGGUGUCGCGCAGGUCAUGCAUCUAGAAGAUUAUAAAGAUGGUGCAACAUUCGCAAAUCUAAAUGAUGGUCCUUACCCACUUUUUAUCUCUCUUAUUUUAUUGAUGCUGGAUAGCAUAUUUUAUCUGCUUGUAGCUGUGUACCUUGAUCAGGUUAUCCCAGGAGAGUUUGGACUACGCCGCGUGCCAUUUUUCUUUAUGAAGCCCUCGUUUUGGUCAAAGCGCAGAAAAAAUUACAAAGAGCUGUACGAGAGUAGUGUCAACGGCAGCUUGAGUUUCAGUGAGAUAGUUGAACCUGUGCCUUCGGAAUUUCAGGGGAAAGAAGCCAUCAGAAUCAGCUGUGUUCAGAAAACAUUCAGGAAAAAAGGGGAAACUGUGGAGGCUCUCAGAAAUUUAUCCUUUGACAUCUAUGAAGGUCAGAUCACAGCUCUGCUUGGGCACAGCGGGACUGGGAAGACGACGCUGAUGAACAUCCUUUGCGGGCUGUGCCCACCAACGGAUGGGUUCGUCUCUGUCUACGGGCACAAAGUCUCUGAAAUCGAUGAGAUGCUCGAAGUGCGACAAAUAGCAGGUGUGUGUCCCCAGUCUGAUAUACACUUCGAUAUAUUAACUGUGGAAGAGAACCUCUCCAUAUUUGCUGCAAUUAAAGGAAUCCCACAGAAUGAUUUGAUACAAGAGGUGCAGAAGGUGUUGUUGGAUUUGGAUAUACAGCCUAUCAGAGAUAAUCAAGCUAAAAAAUUAAGUGGGGGCCAGAAAAGGCGGCUGUCAGUGGGAAUUGCUGUUCUUGGGAACCCAAAGGUUUUACUGCUGGAUGAGCCGACUGCGGGUAUGGAUCCGUGUUCACGGCACAUUGUCUGGAACCUCUUGAAAAACAGGAAGGCGAAUCGCGUGACUGUUUUCAGCACCCACUUCAUGGAUGAGGCAGAUAUCCUCGCUGAUCGUAAAGCUGUGAUUUCUCAAGGGAUGUUGAAAUGCCUUGGAUCUUCUCUCUUUCUCAAAAGCAAAUGGGGAAUUGGCUACCGCUUGAGUAUGCACAUCGAUGCCUAUUGCAACACGGAAGCUACGACCUCGCUGAUAAGACAGCACAUUCCUGCAGCCAGCCUGAUCCAGGAGAACGAUGAGCAGCUCGUGUACACCCUGCCACUCAAGGACAUGGACAAAUUUGCAGGCUUAUUUUCUGACCUUGACACUCAUUCCCAUUUGGGCGUUAUCACCUAUGGCGUUUCCAUGACAACGCUGGAGGAUGUCUAUCUGAAGCUGGAAGUGGAGGCAGAGAUCGAUCAAGCAGAUUAUAGCGUGUUCAAUUCCCAACAAGUGCAGGAUGAAAUGGAUACAAAAUCCCUGGACGAUAUGGAGCAGAGCCUCCUGAUGCUGUCGGAGACGAAGGCACCAGCAAUGAGCAAUACAGCCCUCUGGAAGAAGCAGGUUUCCACCGUAGCGAAAGUUCAUUUCCUUAGUCUCAAGCGGGAAAAUAAAUGUGUGAGAGUUAUGUUGUUGCUUUUUCUGAUUUUUCUUGUAGUUCAGAUUUUAUUCUUUUUCGUACACCACAUCAUCAAAAAUUCUGUAGCUGCUAUCAAACUUUCCCCAGAUUUGUACUUUCUGAAGCCCGGAGAGGUCUAUCACAAGUACAGGAGUCGUCUCCUGCUGCAGAACUCCACAGGCUCGGAUAUCAGUGACAUUGUCCGCUCUCUUGGGAGCAUGAACAUACUCUUGGAGAUGUUUAAUGACAGUGAUUACGUCUCAGCUGCACCUCACAGCGCAGCUUUAAACGUGAUUGACCUUGAAUCCAGUCAGAACUAUGUUUUCACGGUCAUAUUCAAUAGUACCAUGGUGCAUUCCCUGCCAGUUUUGAUGAAUAUUGUUAGCAAUCUCCUUCUGCGCAAUUUAAAUGUGACGGAGAGCAUUCAGAUCUGGAGCAACCCCUUUGUUCAGAAUCUUCCAGACACGAUUUUCAAACUGGAGAUCUAUUUUGAAGCUGUGUUACUGGGCAUCAUUAUUACUGGAAUGCCGCCCUAUUUUGCCAUGGACAAUGCAGAAAACCAUAAGAUCAAAGCGUACACGCAGUUGAAGAUAGCGGGACUUUAUCCCUCCGCUUACUGGACCGGGCAAGCUGUUGUUGACCUCCCGCUGUUUUUCUCCAUCCUUGUCCUGAUGAUCGGCAGCCUCUUUGCCUUUCACUACGGUGUCUACUUCUACGUUGGCAAGUUCAUUGCUGUGAUUUUUUGCCUGAUUGGUUAUGUCCCAUCGGUCGUGCUCUUCACUUACGUCGUCUCCUUCACAUUUAAAAAAGUCCAGAACACGAAAGAAUUUUGGUCAUUUAUAUUUUCAGUGACAGCUUUGCUCUGUACAGUUGUCACUGAAGUGGCCUUCUUUCUGGACUAUUACUUGGUAACCACCGUCCUGCAUUAUGUCUUCUCCAUCUUCAUUCCUAUUUAUCCUCUUAUUGGCUGUCUUAUUUGCUUUAUAAAGGUCUCGUGGAAAAGCAAGCGAAAGAGUGGAGGAUACUACGACCCAUGGGACCGGCUCCUGGUAGCAGUUAUAGCUCCCUAUUUGCAGUGUGUCGUGUGGCUUUUCCUACUGCGAUGUUUUGAGCUGAAGAACGGCGGGAGGACAGUUAGAGAGGAUCCAUUUUUCAGAAAAUGUUUUACAAAAGCCAGAACCUGGAAGUUCCCAGAUGUGUCUCAUGAUGAGAACGAAGAUGAAGAUGUGAAGGCAGAGAGGCUUCGAGUCCAAGAAAUACUGAAAAGCCCCAAGAGCGAGGAGAUGCCAGCAAUCCUGGUCAGCAGCUUGCACAAAGAGUUUGAUGAAAGGAAGGAAUUUCUUCUGGGGAGAAAAAUAAAAAAAGUGGCAACAAAACAUGUCUCUCUCUGCGUCAAAAAAGGAGAAAUACUGGGGUUGUUGGGACCCAAUGGAGCUGGGAAAAGCACGUUAAUUAAUAUGCUCGUUGGAGAGAUUGAGCCAACCAGUGGGCAGGUUCUGAUGGGAGAUUAUUCUUUUGGGCUGAACAGUGAAGAUGACUCUGUGAAAUUUGUGGGUUACUGUCCUCAAACGAAUCCACUUUGGCCAGAUAUCACGUUGCAGGAACACUUUGAAAUUUAUGGUGCUAUCAAAGGAAUGAGUCAGACUGACGUUAAGGAAGUCAUAAAACGCAGCAUCGCAAGUGCCCUGGAUUUAAAAGACCACCUGCAGAAGACAACGAAGAAGCUGGGCGUAGGGCUGAAACGCAAGCUGUGCUUUGCCCUGAGUAUGCUGGGCAACCCGCGAGUCACGCUCUUGGAUGAACCGUCAACCGGGAUGGAUCCAAAAGCCAAGCAGCACAUGUGGCGGGCAAUUCGAGCAGCGUUUAAGAAUAAGGAGAGAGCAGCUAUCCUGACGACUCACUACAUGGAAGAGGCAGAUGCUGUCUGUGAUCGUGUGGCCAUUCUGGUGUCCGGGCAGCUCAGAUGUAUAGGUACCGUCCAACACCUGAAGAGUAAAUUUGGCAGAGGAUACUUCUUGGAAAUGAAAUUAAAAGAAACAGCAGAUGUACAGCAAGUGGAGUUUCUACAGAGACAGAUUUUGCACAUCUUCCCAAAUGCAAAUCGUCAGGAAAGCUUUGCUUCUAUUUUGGCAUAUAAAAUUCCUAAAGAAGAUGUACAGUCACUUUCACAUUCUUUUUCCAAGCUGGAAGAAGUAAAACACGCCUUUAACAUCGAGGAGUACAGCUUCUCUCAAGCAACAUUGGAACAGGUUUUUGUGGAGCUUGCUAAAGAGCAGGAGGAGGAGGACAGCAGCUUCGGCACCUUCAACAGCACGCUGUGGUGGGAGAGGACGCAGGAGGACCGAGUCAUUUUCUGAGAUCCUUAUGCUCCAGACCUGCUUGUCAGCUCACGUUCUGAGCCAGCAAUGAUCCCCAGCGCACACAUUGGGAGGUGUGUGUGUGGAAAACACCAGAGCUGGGAUGGAUGAGGAAAAUUGUAUUUGGAAGCACUGUGUUCCACCAUCCUGGCCUUAGGAAUAACACUGCAGUAGUGGUGAGCAUCCCCUCCAUUAUUCUGGCUCACCUGAAAUUCCUUUUCCCCUCACCGUUCCCGCAGUUUGCGUUGAGCGAGAAAGCACCGCUGUGACAGUCGGUCAUCUCCUGGUGUUGGUCAGUUGUGCAGGAGCACUGCCCUGCCUUCCUCGCUCAGCCGUGCUGCGCCGCAUCGGGGCUGUGUGCCUGAGGCUGGGCUGUCCUUAUUGGAAAUCGGGAAUUUGAACAAAACCAGUUGCUGCCGGAGCAUCCAUCCCUGUGGGACCCGCACGCUGGUUCGCAGGCUCUUGCCAUGCCUCUUGCCCUCAGUGGGCACUGCUGUCUGCCCAACGAGGUGCCGUGCAGCCGCACGUCCCUGCGAGGUCCUGCUCCCCCGCCGGAUGACCCAUCCCUGCUUAUGCUUAGAAGAUGCACCUGCUUAGACAAGAGGGAAAAACCACUCCACAGGAAUUAUAUUCACCACAGAGACGGUCCUGAAUCAUAAAGAGGGUCUGGAAUUACACUGCGAGCUUAGCUUGGUAUCCGACCAAUGCAAAAAUAUUCAUUUAAAGAUAUAAUAUGGCAUUUGUCAGCACUUGUAUUCCUUUUUACUGCAGGUUGGCAGACGUGGCGAACUCGUGCUGCCCUUCUGGGUGGCGCUGGUGUUUGUAAUGCAUGCACUCUAGGAUUAAAGGGGGUGUACAGACGUGGAUGCUAUUUUCCCCCCGCUUGGUAAAAGUACAAAGACAUAACUGUGUAGGUACGGGAUUUGCAGAGAUGUGUGUAUUUCUCAUCUUCAUUAAAAACAGUCUAGUUCUUCUGUUGGGUCUUAAUGACAUGUAUCCUGCCAGCUGUUUGUUAGAGACAGUCGUUUUUAGAUGUUCUCGUUUUUCUUGAUGUUGACUUCAUAAGUACACGCAACAGCAUUUCCUGAUCCGUCUUUGUUGUGAUAGCAGUCAGCAACGCAGUAGUGUCCUUGGCACGGGAACGUUUCCUUUGUCCUGGCCUGGCAAUUUUACAUUCACCUUUCUAAACCCAAAAUGAAACAAAUCAACAACCACAUUGGUAGGAACGGUGCCUUUGGUUUGCACAGAAGCACUAAGAAGAGCAGAAUAUACGAUCCUUUAUCCUAAGAGAUGACAGAUGUGUUUUGAAAAUAUAUUAUUUUUUUGAUUUUUUUUUUUUCUACACAAAGCUAUCAUUGCUUUUUUAGUUUUAUAAGGUGAAAUAAAAAGAUUGCUAAGAGUUCAUUGCGUUCUGCAAUGAACAAAUAUAGAGAUGCAUUUAUAUGGAAACAUUGGCUUCAUAAGUCAUGUCAAUUGUAUAUCUUCACGUUAAAGUUAGGAAAUACCUUUGUUUUUCUUGUGAAAACUCAAAAACCUGUGGGUUAAGGUGGCGUGCUGUGUCCCAACUGCUGGUAAUUAUCAGGCAAUAAUGUAUGUAAUAUGUUUGAUAAUGAUUUAUCGUUAUGUUGAGCCAAAUCUGUUUGUGUUACCUUCUUACUCUACUGUGAGAGAUGUGAACUCAUGAUUUAUAACUCUUUUGUGCCCAUAGAUUGCAUAUAAAUGUACAGAUUUUGUUUUGUAGUUAAAGUUUAAGCCCAAGAACUGCAGAAACACCUGGACAUCCUCUUUGCUUCCCCAGGAGAAGGUCCCUUCCCUUUGGGAAGUGCAAAUGGUACAUCUGCCUGUUUUGAUGAGCUCCGAGCCAUGGUAUUUGCAUAUGCCUAAUUCUCCCGUGCUGGAAAUAACACCAAAAUAAAGAACAGGAUUACAGCAGCAGCCUCUAAAAUGCAGCUCCAGUAACAACCUUCCUAGGGCUGAUGCUUCCCUGUAAGAAAAGAAAAAUGACCCAAAUUCAGCUCUUUGGGAGCCCCCAACCUCUUGCUCCCAGCUGCAUCCCCACUGCUGGUGAGUGUCUCUGAGCAUUUGGAGCAAAGGUGGGACCCAGAAUUUUGUCUCGUGGUACUUUCCCAUGUUUCUACCUACAAGCUAAAUGCAUCUGCUCGGAAUCCCACAUUUCUUAACUUCCAUCUCUUUGUAAACGGUAUUUCAGCCGAGUGUCGUUUGCACAUCUGUCUGGCAAUGUACUGCGCACUCUUUCCACUUUGGGAAAGUACAGUUGUGACCUCUUAGCAUUGAUUUCUUCUUCUUAAUGUUCUUCUUGAACUGGCAGUCAGAGUUAAUGGUCUGUAAAAUAGUUCUGUGUUCUAGAUGACAUCACCCUAUUUCAAAUAGCUUCUUAUUUUGAUAUUUCAGAUGGUUCAUAUGAAAACUUCUAUUAGCAGCUAGAUCUGCUCAGUUUGGUACUAUUCUUGUUUACCCUGGAGUAACCCACUUGAUGGUGGCACUGUAUUUAUGCAGUUACGUGUGCAAAGAAUUUGGCUUGUCAAGGUAACCGCGUCUUUGAGUGGGAUCUGUUUGGCGUGGUGACCUCUUGUGUCAACGUGGUUCAAGAUGCUACUGGAAAACAUCACUGUGAUUGUGGUAUAUUGUAUCAGGAGUCUUUCAAAGUGUCAGACGAUGCCUAUAAUUGCCAGAAUAGGGAAAAACAUAUGCAAAAUUAAACCACAGAAUCCCAUGGAAACACAAGAGAGCUUUAUUCCUGGAAUUUUAAGUUGCUUUGUUCUGCUGUUAGUGGUGACACACUAAAUCCCAGCCAUACGAUGCAUAACCCCAGUCUGGGCUCACUAGGAGGUAAAACUGAGCCAAGGCAGCCAGAUUUGGGCUCACUAUGGCACUUGGGACAGAUCAGUUCACUUUGUGCCACCGUUCCCAGGUUUAAGUUACCUUGCAGGGUAGUUGUGAGAAGUAGUUAGCUAGGAUAGCCAAAACUUGGAAGAUGCAUUAGUUUGUGCUGUUAUUAUACGGUUGUAUUUUUAUAUGGAGGAUUUUAAGGUGUCUGAUUCUCUUUAAAUUACCAAGAAAGCCCUUAUUUUAAAAAGUACCUUCGUAUAGCAAGUGAAGUCUAUGACGUAGCUGACAUCCAGUACUGUGGUAGCAGAAGCAGAAAGUAUUUGGUCUAAAGGUGACAGGUUUGUAAAGCUCCUCCUGGUGUUGCUGUCAGGCACUUGGAAUCAUUUGCAGUUUAUUUUAUACACCUGUCUUUCUUUUACCACUUUGCUGUAUUUGUAAGUUGAGGUUUUUCCCUUUCCAGCAGAGAGUACUACCAAAAUAAAGAUGGAUUGGCUUGUUAAAUGCUUGUGU